AUGAGCUCGGGCGCGGCGCCGUGCCGACAGCCACAGCAGCAACAGCAGCAGCAGCAGCAGCGGAUGCAUCUGCCGGCGGCCGUGGACGCCGCGGGCGACGGCGCCGGCUCGGCCGUCAGCCGGUGCGUGAUGGCCGGCGAGGAGGCGCUCGCCAGCCUGCACGAGGCGCUGCAGGAGUACCACGGCGAGCUCGUGCAGACGGGCAGCCCCGCCGUGCUCUGCUCGGCGCUGCCCUCGCACUGGCGCUCCAACAAGUCGCUGCCCGUCGCCUUCAAGGUGGUCGCGCUCGACGACAUCGUCGACGGCACCCUGGUGACGGUGCGCGCCGGCAACGACGAGAACUUCUGCGGCGAGCUGCGCAACUGCACCGCCGUCAUGAAGAACCAGGUGGCCAAGUUCAACGACCUGCGCUUCGUCGGCCGCAGCGGCAGGGGGAAGAGCUUCUCGCUGACCAUCGUGAUCAGCUCGACGCCUUUCCAGAUAGCCACCUACAACAAGGCCAUCAAAGUGACGGUGGAUGGCCCCCGAGAACCGCGCACCAAGUCCAAUUUCCACUACCUGCCGGGCCAGCACGCGUUCGGGCCCUUCGGCAUGUUUCCGGGCGCGCAGUGGCUGGACUCGGCCGCCUACCUCGGGUACCCCUGGCAAGAGUACUUCCGCCGGCCAGAACUGUGCAAGCUGCCUGCAGCCGCCGCCGCCUGCUCCAUGCUCAAAGGUUCUCCGCUCGGCGCGGGCUCGCCGGCCGAGUUCUACCUGCCGCACGCGGCGCCCGCCUUCCCCGUGGUGCCGCCGCCCCCGCACGCCGGCCCCGGCGCGCCGCCCGCCUUCCUGCCGCCCCCGGUGUCGCUGCUGGGCUACCCGCCGCCGCUGCCGCCCCCGGCGGACCUGCUCGCGGUCACGGCGGGCGCAGCCUCCUGCUCGCCGCCCCUGCUGCCAGUGGGCGCCGGCGUGGCGGCGGCCGCCGUACCCGCGGCGUCGACGGCCGACGACCUCAAGCUGACGACGUCGUCGUCGGCGAGCAGGGCUUCGGCGUCCCCCAGCGGUCGCAGCGACGACAGCGACUCCGACGACAGAGCGAGCGCCGGCACCGCCGCCGACGAGAAGCCGGUGCGGUCGGCGUUCCAGCAGGUGCGACCCGCCGCCGCCUCCGCCACCGCCUCCGCCGCCCCCUCCAAGGAUAAGGAGGGCGCCGCCACGACGGUGCUGGCCGCAGCCUGUUCCACGGGGGCCGUCCGGCCUUCGCAGACUUCCAAGCCCGUGUGGAGGCCGUAUUAG